AUGUGCCCUGUUCUGGCUCUUGGGGAGACAGGAAAGGGCUUUGGAAAGAUUUGCCCGCGCGAUGGUAGGCCAAACUGCAGCAUUGUGGAUGCUUUGCCUCCAGAACAUCAUUCUCCCACAACUCAUUUUGUCUCCUGGUGCUGGCACUACACCCUGGAGGUGGUGGUCAGUGGUGUUUGGCUGUGGGCACAGUCUUCGUCUUUACAGACGGCGGAGGUCUUCUUGUGGAUGUGCUUCUUUUGUAACAAUCAGUAUCGAAUCCAGGAUGGCAGUUGUAGCAACUCUGACGACCUCAGUGCGGUCUUUGAAUCACGCUUAUCAAGCGCAAGGAACAUGCUGGUGAUCCUGGACACUUUCCUGACGCCACAUUACUACAAGAGGGCCUGGUGUUUAUUCGAAACUUUCAUUUGUUUGAAGAAGCACUUUCCCAUGACCGUCAUACUGCCUCCGAAAGAGUUGACGACCUUCAAACAGGUACUGGAAACCUCUCCCUGGCGCGUCCGAGACAGUUUUUUACAGAUUGACUUGCAGAACGCAGAAGCUUCCGUGGAAGCCGACGCGCUGGCCAUCAAAGACUUGGUCCGCAGCUCUUUCGGGUUUGAUGUGGUGAAUACCAUGGUCAAGGAAGAGUUUAUGUCAUGGCUCAUGCGCGCAUUCCAGGAAUAUGUCAAAGGAACCAUCCAUGCGGAUGAUCAGAACGUCUGGACGAUUUAG